CCAUAACUGAUAAGACAAAAUCCCCUCCCCCCUUUAACGGCUAAAGGAUGAGCCUUCCAUUUCCAAACCAUACAAGUCUGUCCACUCUCAAAAAUGUCAGCUGUAGCUGGUAGUCUCUUCUUCGCAAGAUCGCUCUCUUUCUUCGCUCACUUAUCUAGGCUUUCUCCUUCUUUACCUUCUACCUCUCUCUCCCAUUCUGCUCCAACUCUAUCUCUUUCCGUCCCUACCUCUCACUUCUUUCUUCCUCGCUUGUCCGUCUCUUCGUUAUCCUCGGGUGUUGGUGAUACAGAGCAAGAAGAGCAGUAUUUGGAGGAAUUCCAACGAGAAGAAUAUGAAGAAGAGAUAUAUGAGCAUGACAGUGUUUAUAACGAUGACGAUGACGAGGACGAGGAUUUCGUGGUUGAUGUCUCUGCUCUUGAAAAGGAAGCUAAGGACGCUGUUCGAGAGUAUUCCUCCUCCUUAUCUAGUCAACUGAAACUCGAUGUGUUAUCAGAAGAUGAGAUGGAUAUUAGAAAGGAAGCCCGUGGGAAGGAUAGACGGCGUAAGGGUACAACUAAAAAUAUCCCUGAUCAUCUUCUUCCAAAAGUUGCGAUUGUUGGAAGGCCAAAUGUUGGCAAAUCAGCACUAUUCAAUCGUCUGGUUGGGGGUAACCGGGCUAUUGUUGUGGAUGAACCUGGGGUAACCAGGGAUCGUUUGUAUGGUAGAUCUUUCUGGGGAGAACAUGAGUUUAUGGUGGUGGACACUGGGGGCGUUCUCACUGUUUCAAAAUCACCUGCUGGUGUUAUGGAAGAAUUAGCUGUUUCAACAACCAUUGGCAUGGAUGAGAUCCCACAGGCCUCGAGGGAGGCAGCUAUUGCUAGGAUGCCCUCUAUGAUUGAGAAACAAGCUACAGCAGCUGUGGAAGAAUCAUCAGUCAUCAUAUUCCUUGUUGAUGGCCAGGCAGGUCUAACAGCUGCUGAUGUGGAGAUUGCAGACUGGCUGCGCAAGAACUACUCAAAUAAAUUUAUCCUUCUUGCAGUGAACAAGUGUGAAUCUCCUCGAAAAGGAAUUAUGCAAGCAUCAGAAUUUUGGUCCUUAGGGUUCUCACCACUUCCAAUAUCUGCUUUAUCUGGGACUGGAACUGGAGAACUUCUAGAUCUUGUUUGUUCUGGACUGGAAAAAGUUGAGGAUCAGGAGGAUAUUCAUGAAGAAGAAAACUAUGUUCCAUCAAUUGCAAUUGUUGGCCGACCAAAUGUAGGUAAAAGUAGCAUUUUAAAUGCAUUGGUUGGUGAGGAUAGAACAAUUGUUAGCCCUGUCAGUGGUACCACUCGUGAUGCUAUUGAUACCGAAUUUACUGGACCUAAUUCCCAGAAGUUCCGGCUCAUUGAUACUGCUGGAAUCAGAAGAAGGGCUGCUAUAGCUUCAUCAGGUAGUACAACUGAAGCUUUGUCAGUUAACCGGGCAUUUCGUGCCAUUCGUCGUUCCGAUGUUGUUGCUCUUGUCAUUGAGGCCAUGGCAUGUAUCACGGAGCAGGAUUGCAAGAUUGCAGAAAGGAUAGAACAAGAAGGGAAAGGUUGUCUCAUUGUUGUAAACAAGUGGGACACAAUACCUAAUAAAAACCAGCAAACAGCUACAUACUACGAGCAGGAUGUUAGAGACAAGCUCCGUGUUCUUGACUGGGCACCUGUUGUAUAUUCAACUGCAAUAGCUGGUGAUAGUGUUGAAAAGAUAAUUGUUGCUGCUGGAACUGUAGAAAAAGAGAGAUCAAGAAGGCUAAGUACUUCCAUAUUGAACCAAGUGGUACGGGAAGCGGUAGCAUUUAAAUCUCCUCCUAGGACCCGUGGUGGCAGGAGGGGACGUGUUUACUAUUGCACACAGGCUGCUAUUAGGCCUCCCACAUUCGUUCUCUUUGUUAAUGAUGCAAAACUAUUCCCUGAGACUUAUCGGCGAUAUAUGGAGAAGCAACUCCGUGUGGAUGCCGGAUUUUCUGGUACACCAAUUAGACUUCUUUGGCGAAGCAGAAGGAAAUUGGAAAAGGAUGAAGGCAGGAGAGCGACAAGAGCUCAAGCGAAUCUGGUACCUAGGGACAGAAUGGCAUUAACUACAUGAAUAGAUGAAGUUCAAAUCUUAUGGUCUCAUUUUUUGUCAUGCCAGGAGCUCUUCGAGAGAAAUAUGCUGGUAUUUGCCAGAUAAUCCACGGAAUGUCAAUCAAAUUAAGGACGGGUUUGAUUUUCCAACUGCAAAAUACUCUAUAAGAGUUUGUCUGGUAGCCUAGCCUGGAAUCCGACAUAAGUUUAAUCUCAUAUAGAAAUAUUCAAGAUUCUGAUUGGUUGUAAGAUUGGUCAUCUUUCCUUGGUAGGAAAUAGUCUGUAACUUUCCUUGGUAGGGAAUGUUCUGUAAGUUCCAAUCUUGAUGAGGAACUAAUACAAGUUGAAGGGAAGAGAUUGUGACCUUAAAUAUAUGACCUAAUUGGGAUGGUUGUGGAGAUGGUAGUUGUCGGUUGUAAAUUAAUUUUUUGUAACUUCCUCAACUAUUUCUGUUUGUAUUAGAAUAUAUUAAUAGAAAAGUAAGUUGGAGCCCAAAAA